UACAGCCUUAUUUACAGACAGGUGACGACGUGUCGCGUGAUGCUGUUUAUAUGUAGUCAAUGCAUGUCUUGGCGUGCCUAUUUAAUCACCUGGUUUUGCUAAGGCAAGAGCAUGUCCCAGAGUUGUUUAUGAGCAACAAUGAAAACAAUAGUUUUCACAUAUUGGAAACUAUAAACUGAAAUGUUUGCUGAUAAGUUCCUUUUUUAUGAUAUUUUAUGUAAUUUAUGAGCAAAGUAGGUAGUGAUACAGAUUAUGAUGGAAAACAUACCUACAGUGUAGAGUAUAAGGUAAGUAUACCUACGAUGAAUGUAGUUACAGCUUCUCUUAGACCUAAAGAUACCUUCUACUAGAUCUAUAGUUAUUUAAUAACCGACGACACUUUAAGGGAGUACACGAAGCUUUUCUAAAGAGAGUAAGGUAUACCUUACUUUCUUAAGUAAGAUAUAAGGUAAGUAAUGAGAUGACACCUUUAUUCGCAUCACAGCCAGCCAAGAACUUGUACGUGAGACUAAAAAUAACGCUAUCAUUUGUUGGCUAGCUCGUUGAUCGACAGUCAUAUAAAAACGUUUCAACUCCGAUUAUCAAAUAAGCCAACAUCAACCCAAAUACAAAAGCCUUAAAAUUCUUUUUUUUAUGUCAUAAUGUGGAAAUAAGAUUCUGUUUAUUUUAUGUUAUAUGAUUGAACGUCUAGUAUUAUGAUGCUAGUUUGGUUAAGAAACCACUGGUACUUAAACACAAUAAUAAUAUUGUGGUUGUUGAAAGGAAAAUCAGUAAACGUCUAGACUUCACGUUGUCACCGCGUUACUAUUUUUAGGGCAUUAUAAUUUUCCUUGACUAACAAUUGAAUUUAUACCCAUCAAUAAUAUUCUAAUAUGUCUCGCAAACCAGUGACGAAGAAAGUAAUUAACUCUGCGGAGAGCUGCGUCGAUGACAACCUUCGCGGGGUGGUUGCCACCUACCCUGUGCUGCAGCUGCAUCCCAAGCACCGGGUCAUCACCGUCCGAACCAAGAUAGAUUCGAAACGAGUUGCAGUUCUCGGAGGUGGCGGUUCGGGCCACGAGCCAUUUGCAGGAGGUCUGGUUGGAGGCGGCAUGCUGGACGGUGCGGUGGCAGGCGGCGUGUUCGCUUCGCCACCCACGGGGCACGUGCUCUACGGAAUCGCUCAGCUUUACAAGUACAAUUCGGGUGGCGUAAUUGUUAUUAUUGGCAAUUACACAGGAGACAGGCUGAACUUUGGGAAAGCUAUAGAAAAAGCAAAGAUAGCUGGUAUAAAGGUGGAGGGUCUUAUCGUUGGGGAGGAUGUUGCCUCGAGUCACAACAAAACCGGAGGAAGGAGCAUGUGUGGAGAAGUCUUUUUUUACAAGCUGUGUGGAGCUAUGGCGAAGAAGGGCUAUGAUUUGGCGACCAUACGGAAAAUAGCUUCCGAAGCCAACGAGUCUAUGGCCACCCUGGGAGUUUGCCUGAGUGCUUGUUCCCUGCCAGGUCAACUGCCGCUGUUCGAGAUAGCUGAUGAUGAGAUGGAACUAGGCGCGGGAGUGCACGGUGAAGCGGGAAUCAAGAAGAUGAAGCUGGGAACAGCCAAAGAAACCGUAUCCAUGAUACUUGAUCAGGUUGUUGCUCAUCUUAAACUAAAGUCUGGAGACCGAGUGGCCGUCAUGAUCGAUAAUUUGGGGGGCACCUCAUUUAUGGAGAUGAAUAUCAUCAGUGCAGAAACAAAGGAUUAUUUAGGUAGCAAGAACAUCAUAGUGGAACGAAUAUACUCUGGACACUUAAAGACAUCGCUAGAGAUGCACGGCUUCCAGAUUUGCCUGCUGCACCUAAAUCAGACGCGAGGAGACCUGUGGUUGGAGUUGCUGGACGCGCCGACCGACGCUGUGGGCUGGGUAGGCGGAGCCGCGUCCAGACGUUGCGAUGAGGCGCAAGGGGAUGAUGAUACGCUAUUACAAAACGAUGCUAGGAAGGCUGCAACUGGUCCACCCUUAUCGCCUAAAGAGCAAGAACUGUUCAAGAGUAGUCUUACGAAGGCAGCCGAAGAAUUGGUCAAGCAAGAAGAACUUCUGAACAGGUUGGACUCUGGCUGCGGAGACGGAGACUGCGGUAUAACAAUCAAGAAAUUCGCAUUAGCAAUUCUAUCAUACCUGAAAACGGCAUCAGUGAAGUUUCCAUGCAACGUGCUGUGGGACCUCUCAGAGAUCGCGGAAACCGAUAUGGGUGGCACUUCGGGCGGCAUCUACAGCUUGGGCUUAUCAGCAGCAUCUCAAGCUUUCUCCAGUGCGAGUGCAGUCGACGCAGAGACUUGGCUCGCCGCAUGGGAGGGCGCCAUGCAUGCCAUCUCUACAUACGGGGGCGCCGAGCCGGGAGACAGAACAAUGUUGGAUACUCUCCACGCAGCGGCCACGGCAUUCAAGCACAGCUUGUCGAAAGGCCUAAAGACAGCGCUUGCGCGGGCUGACGAGGCGGCCGAGCAAGGCGCCCGCGCCACCGCCGGUAUGGUUGCCAGAGCAGGACGCGCGUCGUACGUGGCGGCGCGCUACACGAGCGACGAGGACGCGGGCGCGCGCGGCGCCGCCGUGUGGCUGCACUCCAUUCUUACCUCUGUUGCCAAUACAUGCUGAUUCUCAUU